AUGAAUACUUCUCUUUCAAACAAUAACCUGUCGGAUCGCCAAGUUAUGCUAGGCACUCAUAAACCCAGCAUGUACACGCAACGCCGAUUUCUUGCUUACGGCAAACUGUUGUUCGUCGCUAAAUACGAUCCUAUUUCCAACACCUAUGAAACUCCCACCUAUGAAUACCAACAUCGAGCUACAACUCACCUGCAUGUAUCUAUAAUAAAAUGGCCACGGAUCCUUCAAGCCACGUAUAUCAUCCAAAAAACAUAUAUUUCCCUGCCCCGCCGUACCUCUCACCCUAGAGCAGCAGCGCCUUCAGCAUAUUUAGACUGCCGCCUCGAUCUGAACACCAUCGCAGUCCACACUCGUAACGCCGAAUACAAUCCAAAGCAUUUUGCAGCUGUUAUCUUACGUAUCUGUGAACCCAAGACGAAUGCUCUUGUUUUUGUGUCUGACAAGAUGGUCGGAAUUGGAGCCAAGUCAGAAGACGAUUCACGCCUUGCAUCCCUUGAAUACGCGUGUGCCAUGGCAUGGUUUGGACGCAAAUUUAUCCAAGUUCAAGCUACAGAACAUCAUCCAGAGGUGACUUCAAGUUAA